ACAGCACCACUUUUGUAAGUGUGUCGACAUAGCAAUUAAAGACAAAAAUCAACGUUGAAUAUCGGAAAUGUAGACUUGGGUGCUACGUUUGUUUACUACAACAUAUUUUAAAAUAUUGACCUUGAUUCAUUCUGACCCUUGUGAAAAUUCAACAUUCAAUUAAUUCACGUUGACCCAAACCCAAUGCUCUACUUAGUACCCUGAAAAGCAUUAUGUUUGCUAUUCCUAUUUAACCAAAUUUUGGUACAUCAUCACAACUUAGAAGAAAACAACUAGUUAAGCAAAAAAUAACUAGAAAAACAAUGGAGGGUGUUGUGGUUCAGAAUGGAGAACAAGUAUUACCAGGACGAUCAUGGGCUAAUAACCAAUUCACAAGGUAUGAAAACAAUCAAGGAAAUUGGAUGGAACAAAUGAGAGGUUCCUUAAUGGUGGUAGCCACAGUUAUUGCAUCCUUAACUUUCCAAAUUGCAAUAAACCCACCAGGGGGUGUUUGGCAAUCAAACACAGAUACUCAAAACGGGUGUGCACCUGAUCAAACAUGCAAAGCUGGUACUUCAGUUUUAGCCUUUGGUGAUAGCAAUCAGAAGAUUAGAUAUGAACUGUUUUUACUGUUGUGUACUAUAUCUUUCUCUGCUUCUCAAACAAUUAUUGUAUUAUUAAUAUGUGGAUUUCCCCUUCGUAACAAGUUUGUUAUGUGGUUCCUCAUAAUUGUAACGUGUCUCUCAGUGUUUUGCACAGCUGGUGCAUAUGUGAUUUCUAUUUGGAUGAUAUUGAACCCACUUGAUGGAACCUUUUAUCGUAUCACAAUUUAUUAUGGGAUUUUUUGGGUAGGGCUGAUUGCUUUGCUGAUUCUCAUAUUCUUCUGCCGCUUUGUGUUUUGGCUGCUCAAGAACUUCUUCCGUUUUAUGUGUUGCUGCUGAAGGAUUGCAAGCCAUUAACACAUAUAUUUAUGCUAACUAGAUGUGCAAUUCCAUACGUGAUCAUCUACCAAGCUAGGUGGAUCUAUCAUGAACUUUGUUGAUAUAAAUUUAUAGUUACAUAUCAAGAGUUGGAUGUUUGUGUAGUUUAAGAGAGUUGAUGUCUUUUUGUCAAAAAAAAAAAAAGAGAGAGUUGAUGUCCUUAAGC